ACCACACGAUUUGGAUCGCUCGCUGCAAUGUACAUGCAAGAUGACAAGUACAUGAGAGGCCGGGAUAUGCGGCAAUUUGUGAGUUAUGAUGGACAGCUACCAGGUUUCCUUCCUUCUCUCCGCAUGGAUACACAAAACUGCACUUUAGUAAUGGUGUUUCCAAGAAACCGGGCUGCAGGGGGAACUGUGAAAUCACAUGAGUUGAUCGACAAACCGCUAUCGAGAGCCAGAAGAAUCUUUCACACUUUUGCAUGUGACAGCAAAAUUACGUGCGAGAGAUUGAAACAUAUCAAAGUCGAUGAUGAACCUGUCUGCAUGGAGCUUUAUCAGGAAGAUAUCCGUGAUCGUUUUAUCGAAAUCCUAGCUCAGUCUGGGUUGGAAGCCAGCCAAUUUUCAAGCCUUGAUGGUGACGAAACCUUCUUGAAGAUUUGGCUGCCGGAACAAGGGCAGGUGAUUGACUUCAUGGCUGAUGCCUUGCACUACAACAUGCCACUGAAAGAAACGGUGUAUCAGGGUAUUGAACCUCAUGCCCCUUAUCCUGGGGGAGCUCCAAUGGAAAAUUUUGAUGCACAGCCUGUUGUGGCAUAUUGUGAAUUCUCGAUUCCAGACAAGAAGAACUUUCAGGACUUCCGAAAGGUGGACUCGAUUCGCAUUCUGAGUUUUUGGUUGAAUGAAUGGGUGAGCCUGGAUGAAAUGGAGCGACAAGGAGUCAUCAGCUGCCAUUUUCCAUGCCCAGAUGCUGGUGAACUUCACCAGAUUCAUUCUGCACUUCUGGCUCCGAGACAAUGGAUGACUUUCACUCCCCAUACGAGUGCCAUUACCAUUCGGCGAUACUUUGGGGAGGAGAUCGCAUUUUUUUUUGGAUUCUUGGGCCACCUCUGUCGAUCUCUUCUUUUCCCGGGCACCGCAGGAUUGAUUUUCCUGAUUGUGACCCAGUUCGUUGAAGUCGAAGGACACAGGCUUGAUGGACUAAGGACUUCACUCUGUGUUCCGAUGUCGAUCUGGGCUGCAAGCUCUCUUCACGUCUUUGAACGCAAAACUGCUCGAAUGAAACAGCUCUGGGGUGUGCACGAAAGGGAAGCAAGGGAGAUGCCAAAUCCUGACUGGAACCCAACUCCUCACAGCGGGGAGUGGGGCAAGCUCCUUUCCACCUUUAUCACUCUUUGCUUCGUGACCUUGUACAUAGCGGCGAUCUCUGCCCUUUUGGCUUGGCAGUUCAAUUCCAACCGACAAAAAGAUUCGCUCUUCCAGCGAGCCUCACUGAUUCUGAGUAUUCUUAUCAAGAUAGGAGGACUUGGCUGGAGAUUUCUAGCGCCUUUUGUGGUGAGCCUUGAAAACCACAGAACUUUGAAAGGAUAUGAUGAUGCCCUUGCAUUGACUCUGUCCGGAGUGAAGCUUCUGAUGACAAACUUCCCGUUCUUCUACAGCUGCUUCCUUACCAAUUUUGUGGAGACCAAAUGCGGAAAGAACUUCGAAGAGGUUGCGCCUACAGUUUGGCCUGGCUUCAAUGAGAGCCUCAUCGACAGUCAGACCAAAGAAGCCCUGCUGAAGUACACAUUCACUUGGAGUAGAAGAAUCCGGGGUCGAGAAGACGAGACCUUUUGCAUCAACGGUUGCUUUCCGCCUGAUUGGCAUUAUGCUCGUGAAGACUCGAGAACGAAUUGUGACUAUGAUGUGACUGCCAACCUCCUCACGUACUUUGUUUUCCUCCUUGUGCUGGAUAUGGUAUUUCUGAUCUGGCCCAUCGUUCUAUCACGUUGGGAGAUCAAUAAGGAGUACCGCAAUGCAGAAGAGGCGGAGGGCAAUCAAGACUUCUCAUAUUCAAUCCUGCAAUGGGAGGCGAAGAAAUUUCAAUAUGUGUAUGACUCCUGGGGUGGUGACAGAGUGACAGAUUUUUUGGACAUCACCGUUGCAUACUCCGUUGUAGCUUGCUGGGGCUGCAUUUUGCCAACGAUCGCUACGCUAGCCCUCGUUGUGCUGUUCAUCUCCAUGCACCUGCGAAUGUACAGGAUGCUGUAUGUGGCACGUCGCCCCUUACCACACGCAACUGCUGGACUUGGCAUUUGGAAAUCAAUCAUUCUCUACACCAAUGUGGCUGCUGUAGCCUGCAAUGUGGGACUUGCUUCAAUUUUUUUCUAUCCAAUGCGUCUCCGUCCACCAGGGCAGCAAUUGACCAUGUUUAUCAUUGGAGAACAUGUGAUAUUUUUGCUUCAAGCCGCAGUUUCUGCUUUCGUUCCAGAAGAACCUUCUGAUGUGAUUGACAUCAAGUACUUCAAUCGACACGUCCUAGCGAUUCUUGGGCGGCGACGGCAUCAUGAGCAGUUGGUCCCACCUGUCCACAGCAAUUUAAACACGAUUGAUUUGUCGCUGAACCCAGAGAAUUGGGACAGCGACUCCAGUGCUUCGUCUCUAAUGACUGGCAGUUCUAGACCUGUUUGAACGAUUUUGAGUGAAGGUGAACCUACGAUGUCAGAUUCAAAUGUGAUACCCUGGUUACUUGGGUAGUUGUUAUGUGUUUGCAUAAAGUGCCGUCCGCCGUGCAGAAGAUCUCGAUUUCCAGCUGAAAAC